AUGGACGACGAGGAUUACUCGUGGGUGCGGCGGACCAGGUUCUCCCACUCCGUCGUCCGCUCCAACUCCGGCAGGGAGCAGUUCGGCGCCUUCGUCGAGCAGUUCAACCGCGGCGCCGCGCUCAGGCAGAACAAGGGCUCCGACUCCGGGUUCAAGCUCCACGGCAUGAACUUCGAGCCCAGGACCAAGGCCUCCGCCACCACCAACGCGGCCCCCAUUUCGAGGACAAGGUCGCUGAGUGCCCAGCCCAAGACGGACCUCAACCAUGCCUUCUCCAACGCCAUGCCGGUGCAUCAUCACGAGAAGCCUGCCGAUCACGGUCGCCCGCCGCAGUCAGCACCGGCCAACAACUCUGCCAACGGAACGAGGGGCCGCAACAACCUCUUCGUCGACGUCUGCUCCGAGCCCGAGGUUCAGGAGCCGGGCAAGGGCGACAGCCCUGGGCCUCUCGAGUUCUCCUUCCACCCCGAGGAGCAGAGCAUGAGGCUGCAAAGGGUGUGCUCCAGCCCGUCUCCUUUCCCGGCCAAGAAAACGCCGGUCUUGGACGCGCCGCGGCCGCCGGUGCGCAGCUCUUCGCUCAGGGUCCUCCCAGAGGGGCGCUCUACGCAGAUGCUGAGGGCGAGGUCCCCUCUCCCAAACCGCCCCGUGCCCGAGGUGUUCAAGGAGGCCAAAUCAGCCAGCAAGAGGUUCUCCACGCCGCCGCCGCCGCGCCGGAAAUCUUCGUCUCCGCCGCGCGCGCCGCCGGCGGACGCGCCACUCAAGGCGCCCGCCAAGGUGAAGCACCACAGGAAGGAGCACUGGGACAACGAAAGGGCCAAGGCGGCCGCAACGAAGGUGCUCGAUAGUUGGACGGUGGAUCGCAAGCAGCUCCUCAUCGGGCAGAAGUUCGCCUACGGGGCGCACAGCCGUCUGUUCCAUGGAAUCUACAAGGAGGUACCCGUUGCUGUCAAGUUCAUCAGGCAGCCUGACGUUGACGAAGACGCGGAGCUGGCGUCUCAGCUCGAGAAGCAGUUCAACACGGAGGUUGUCACAUUGUCCCGCCUCCAGCAUCGCAACGUCAUUAAGCUGGUUGGAGCAUGCACCAGCCCGCCAGUCUUCUGCGUCAUCACCGAGUUCCUUUCUGGUGGUUCGUUGAGAUCAUUCUUGCACAAGCAAGAGCACAAAUCUCUGCCUUUGGACAAGAUCAUUUCAGUUGGCUUGGAUAUCGCACACGGCAUGGGGUACGUCCACUCGCAAGGAAUCGUACAUCGUGACGUGAAGCCGGAGAACAUCAUAUUUGACGGGGAUUGCGCCAAGAUUGUUGAUUUUGGAAUAGCCUGCGAAGAAGCAUAUUGUGAUCCUCUGGCGAACGAUCCUGGGACUUUCAGAUGGAUGGCUCCAGAGAUGAUGAAGCACAAACCCUAUGGUCGAAAGGUUGAUGUUUACAGCUUCGGCCUUAUCUUGUGGGAAAUGCUUACCGGCUCCGUGCCUUAUGAAGAUUUGACUCCGUUCCAAGCAGCCUUUGCUGUUUUUGACAAGAAUGUGAGGCCGGCCAUUCCUGCUACCUGCCCAGCUGCAUUACGGGUUCUGAUCGAGCAGUGUUGGGCCUUGCAAGCAGAUAAAAGGCCUGAAUUCUGGCAAAUAGUUCAAUUACUGGACAAGUUCAAGAUGGUUCUUGAAAGAGAUGGAACACUUGACAAUAUGCCAAGCUCAAACUGCCAGGAGAAUCAUGAUCCCAAGAAAUGGCUAGCCCACUGGCUCCACAAGCUCAAGCAUCCCCAUCAUCAUCAUGAUCUCUCUGGACCUCCACCACCAAAGCUUCUGUAA